UUUUCAACAACCAAAACGUGGCUUACAUCUACUCAACCUCUCCCAUGAAUUGCUAAGUUGAAACUUGAAACUCCACCACCACCAUUACCAUUACUCCAUUAAGCUCCCCCACUACUUUGGUUUCUUCAAGUUUUUCCCAUGCCCACUUCCCUUUUGCAUUCUCCCCUGUUUCUCUCCAUUGGAGACUAUAAUCUGCUUGGCUAAACCCUUUCUUGAUCUUAAGCCUGUACUGGUUGGAUUGUUGAAGCUCAUCAUUUCAUCGUUGGAUCCAUUCCCUUCUGUUCUUUGGUCGGGAAGUUUCAAUUUUGACGCCAAAGGAAGUGAAUUUACUUGUUGGGGAGGUUGAGUGGUGUGGGGUUGAAGUGACUGAGCUGGAUUCAACAGAAGGACUAGCUUGACCCGGUUCUGCCCUUUUGUCCUUGGGCAUUAAGUGCUUGCUUCCUCAUAUUCCGAGGAUUCCAUUCCAUGAAAAUCUUCCUGCAUCUCUGAGAAACUUCUCUUCCAUAUAAGCAACAAAGCAAACUGUUCAAUAGGGGAAAGGAGGUUGGUAAAGGCGUAGUUGCAGUAGCAAACUUGCAAUGAGCUUCAAUGUUAUCAGAUUUGAUUGACAAAUGAUGUUCAAGUAGCUGGAUGGAGAAGAAAGGAAACAAAGUUAUCAGCAAUUAGUGUGCUUUCCUGGAGCUUAGUUGCUAAAUGGAGAAAACAGUUUCUGAUUCAUUGAACAGCUUCAGUGAUGAGAAGGAAUUAUCAUGUGAGAAUGUGUUGGCACGUCCAGAAUCCACAACAUCAAGGAGAGUGGUGAGAAGGGUUAAUUCCAAGAACUCCCUCGUUUCCAGAAAACUGCAGAAAAGUAAAAGCUGGAUCAAGGAUUCAUUCCUCCACAGAAUCCACAUCAUUGAUGAUUGGAUUCCAAAGCAUGUGGUGACUGUAGAUGAGAAACAUCUUCACCGUUGCCUCGAUUUGAUUAAUGCCAGUGCUUCUUCUAGGACAGCUUCUUGCAGCAUUUCUAUUGGUUCAUCUUGGGGAAGCAUGGAUGUGUUGUCUGAUGGCCUGAGCUCUGUUAAAGUCGGUAGUGACUAUAGAUUUGAUCUCAAUUGUGCAUUGGAUACUGGAGGUGGCAGUUUGGUUGCUACCCCUGCAGGUGACUGGAUCGUUGGCUCAAUCAUGGGUAGCAAGAGUAUGGUUAAUUUGCUGCAAAGCCCCUUAUUGCGCCAGUAUGGUGCAUUUAACACCAACGAUGUCAAUUUCAGGGAUGGCAGUUUCGCUGACGUUAAAGGAUCGAGCUCGCCUGGUGGGUUGAGUAGUUAUUCGUCGUCUCGGACAGACAUUGAAUCAACAUUUCCUUUAAACUACAGAAAUGUUUCAGAGAAUUCACAUGAAAGGCUCUUUUCUAUAUCGAGUACAAACUCUACAUGUUCUGACCAGUCUUCUUUGUCUUCAUCGGGUGCUGUAACUCAGGGAAUGCUCCAGUUCACAUUGAAGAAUGGGAACCCUCAUUUUGUUUUCUCCAUAGAUGAUCAAAAGGUGGUCUAUGUGGCCAGCUUGUGGAGGGCUAAAUCAAGGGGUGAUGAUAAGAAGAGUCUUGAUGACUAUACCUACUUGUUUCAUUCCAGAACAAGUGGUCAAGAAGAGGACCGCGACACCACUCAUCAUGGGCUUGAUUCUCAUCUUGUUGGUAAGAUGGUGGUAUCGACUUCUUUUAGCAUCUCUGAGAACAAUUCUAGAAGAACCAUGGUGAGAGAGUUUGUUUUAUUUGGUGGAAAUGAAAGUUUUAUGGAAGUGCAAGCUUCGAACCUUGAACUGAGAAAGAACAGGAGAUUGUCCAGGAAGGUUUCAGAAGUGUUUAGGAAGAAGAGAAGUUUGUCUAAAUUUGGGGGAUCAUCAGGUACCAUAUUAGAGAACAGUGUUUGGGGGCCAUUACAAGAGACAGCAGAUUACAGCAUUGAUUCACUUGGUGGUUCUGAUUUGAUACAUACACAUCUUCCAUCGAACUUCGAGUUGACUGCCAUUGUUGUGAAAGAAGGUGUUCCUGAAAUCUGUCAAGCGAAAGUUGGAGGAGGAUGGGGUUUAAAGUUCCUCCAGAAAGCAAGUGACAAGAAGCAACAUAGUGAUGAUACAGAACCAUCAUCGACUGCUUCUGCUUCUUGUACCCGGGAUGCUGGUGACUGCUCAACUAGCAUGGAUAUUAUACUUCCAGCUGGAUUACAUGGUGGACCAAGGACUAGGUAUGGAGGUCCUUCCAGUCUUGUAGAUAGAUGGAGAUCGGGUGGAUGCUGUGAUUGUGGAGGCUGGGACUUGGGGUGCCCAUUAACUGUACUUAAAGGCAAAUCAAGCAAUAAAGAUCUUUUGUUGCCUGCAGAUGGUCAGAGGGAAUGCAGAUUGAUUGAUUUGUUCAUCCAGGGUCCAGAGAACAGUGCACCUCCGUUGAGAAUGAUCAAUGUACAUGAUGGCCUCUAUUUUGUUCAUUUCCAGUCCACACUGUCAGCUCUGCAGUCUUUCUCAAUUGCAGUGGCUUUUAUCCAUUCCCAGAGUCCCGUCUUGCGGCCCAAAAGUGUACAUGGAGCAUGACCUGUGUUCUCGAGGUCUAUGUAGUUGUUGUAAACUCUCUUACUGUGUCACAGCAUUUCAUUAAGUCAGAUUACUAAGUCAUUAUACAUCCUUAAGUUUCUAAGUUUUCCUGCUUUCCAUCUUAUCUAAUGAUUCUGUACGGGGUAUUAGAUCGCCUAGAAUGAGGUUGUUUCUUUUAUAUAUUCUCAGAUUUGCUUGUCGUUUGCUUGUGAUUUGAGACUGCUUGUCCACUGAUAUUCUAGUAGAAGUGAAGUUCCUGUAACCUACUUAGCAUAUUGAUUGUAUGUAUAUUUCUCCAUCAAUGAAAGAAGUAUAAGUUUGUGGCUGAAAUGCGUAAUUCUUUGUGUCGUUAGAAUGAUCAGAAUUGUCAUCUCAUCUUUCUGGGAAGGCUUGCGAAUUGUUACCCUGUGUCGUUA